AUGGCUGUCAAUUAGUCAGCAUCUCUCAGCUCCGGAAUUUUUUAUCAAAAUUGUGGUUGCUCAGCUUUCUUUCUUCAUCCACCAACAUCGGUCUUUCACUAGAACAUCAACGACAGAAAAAAAGAACGGACAAGUUCAUCAUUUCGACUUAAUAUGACCAAUGGAAUUGUAAACGGCAACGCAAGUCUAGAGACUCAGUUUGCUUCUCUCGGCAUCAAUGGAACGAAAUCUGCAUACGUUCCCCCUCAUAUGAGAAAUGCGCAGCGCGCUACACCACCCCCGCAACAACCAAACGGGACCGGCUGGAACGAGCCCCAGGCUUCUCCUCGUAGUGGAUUCGAACCCCUUCGUGGUGGAAAUUCCGACAGAGGCAACAGAAAUAGCGCCGCCUUUGUUGGUGGUAUCACAUUCAGCCCCUCCCGCGCAGGUAGCAGUGCAAGUGAUUGGGCCGGUCGCCCAUCUAGCAACGGAUGGACCGCCAGAGAACCCCGUGGAGAUAGCCAACAGCGUGAUUCUUCCGGAUUUGGUGUCUGGCGCAACGGUGUUCAUGUCGUCGGUCCUCGCAACCCGCGCAUGGAAAAGGAGCUUUUCGGUGAUCCCACUGAUCCAUCCAAGCAACACACUGGUAUCAAUUUCGAGAAGUAUGAUGACAUUCCUGUCGAGGCUACGGGCGCUGGUGUCCCAGAGCCCGUUAUAGCUUUCACAAACCCCCCACUAGAUCCUGUUCUCUUGGAGAACAUCGCAUUCGCUCGUUACGCUACUCCCACUCCCGUUCAAAAGUACUCCAUUCCCAUCGUUGCUGCUAACAGAGAUUUAAUGGCCUGUGCUCAGACUGGUUCAGGCAAGACAGGCGGCUUCCUUUUCCCUAUUUUCUCCGCCUCUUUCGCUUCUGGACCUCGUGCCCCACCACCUGAGACCCCAUCAAUGGGGUACUCACGCUCACGUAAAGCCUACCCUACUGCCCUUAUCCUCGCUCCCACUCGUGAACUUGUCAGUCAAAUUCACGAGGAAGCACGUAAAUUCGCGUACCGCUCGUGGGUUCGCCCAGCGGUUGUAUACGGUGGUGCCGACAUUAAUCAACAGCUGCGGUUGAUCGAGCGUGGCUGUGAUCUUCUCAGUGCUACUCCUGGACGACUUGUUGACCUCAUUGAGCGUGGUCGGAUCAGUUUAGCAAACAUCCGUUACCUUGUCCUUGAUGAGGCUGAUCGCAUGCUUGACAUGGGUUUCGAGCCCCAGAUUCGCAGGAUCGUCCAAGGAGAGGACAUGCCCGGCACAGAGGACCGCCAGACGCUUAUGUUUAGCGCAACCUUCCCACGUGAUAUCCAAAUGCUCGCACGGGACUUCCUGAAGGACUACAUAUUCCUUUCUGUCGGCCGUGUUGGCUCGACAUCUGAGAAUAUCACCCAGAAGAUCGAGUACGUUGAGGACAAUGACAAGCGUUCGGUUUUGCUUGAUCUCCUCGCGUCUGAUCCUCCUGGUGGUUUGACGCUCGUCUUUGUGGAAACAAAGCGCAUGGCUGACAUGUUGUCUGAUUUCCUCAUGUCAAACCGCCUCCCUGCUACUUCCAUCCAUGGCGAUCGUUCCCAGCGUGAGCGUGAGAUGGCUCUGCAGACCUUCCGCACCGGUCGCACUCCAAUUUUAGUUGCUACUGCGGUCGCAGCCCGCGGUCUUGAUAUUCCUAACGUUACCCACGUGAUCAACUACGACCUCCCUUCGGACAUUGAUGACUACGUCCACCGCAUUGGUCGUACAGGUCGUGCCGGAAACACCGGUGUCUCCACUGCAUUCUUCAACCGCGGCAACAAAAACAUUGUCCGCGAUCUUCUCGAACUUCUUCGCGAGGCUAACCAGGAGAUUCCUUCGUGGUUGGAGAGCGUCGUACAUGAAACGACCUUUGGAUCGAGUUUCCGAGGCAGUAGCGGUCGCGGACGUGGAGGUGGCAGUGGCGGUGCUGGAGGUCGUGGUCGUGCCGGUAACCGUGACUAUAGACAGUCCAGCUACGGUAGCGCCGGUGGCUAUGGCGGAGGUUUCGGACGUGGCAACAUGAGCUACGGCAAUGCCCCUUCCCCUUCAUACGGCGGCGGAGGUUAUGGUGGAGGUUUCAACAACAGCAAUGGAGCAAGUGGUGGUGGAUCCGGCUGGUGGUAAAUAUACGACCACCAUGCCCUAAUCUUCUCGCCUCAUACUCAGUCAUCAAAUUCUUCUCGGCCUGCACCUCCUCUCGGAUUUCCUCGAUUCUCUCCCUUGAAAAUGUCCCUGGUAACAACAAACUCCUGGUCCUAUGCACUCAAACAUCCAUCUCGCUCUGUGUUUCGCUCUCUUUCCUCUCUCAUGCACGGACUCCUUGCGCUGCUCUUUCAACCUGGUUUGUCUCGUUGCUCCUGCUCAUCAUGAAGACUACGGCCUAUCUUACAUUCGUCGUCUGUGUUUC